UUGACCUCUACCUCUCACAGGGUUAUUCAACUCACUGCAAACAUUUCAAAUGAAACAUUCUAACUUGAAAUAACGUUAUAUCUUUUUCUAUGUCAGUCCCAUUUAUUAACAAUAUUAUACAUAAUUUAAGGUCGUAGUCACUGAGUAAAGUUUGUCAACACUAUACAAAUGUAUCUUAUUUCUUCUAUUACAGCUGGCCAAGCCACAAACUACUUUCUCAAUAUCGUUAUCAAUAAUAACUUGGUGGUGCACUGAUUAGAAUAUAAAAAGCUAAUGUAUUGUGUCACCAUUCACAGACUGACACAAAGAGGAGAACAGUAAUGUUUAUUAUUUAACAUGAGAAUUUAACAGCUAUUUCACUUCUAUUAAUAAAAUUACCAUCGGUUUUGUAUACACAAAUUUAUGACUCUGAGACAUCAAACCUCACAACAUGAGCCAUCACUCCUCAUGGAGUGGGCAUCAUUGUGCCCCUGAAGACAUCAACUGCACUGCAGGCUUUAAGGAGUCAUUAGGCAGCAAGAGCUACAAGUUGCUUCCUCCUUUCCAUGGGCCGACCCAUAACCACCACUAUAUGGAUGUUCCUGAUCAUGCCCACUACAUCAUCGGCUUUGUCAUCUUAAUAGUCAGCAUCACUGGAGUGAUUGGAAACGCACUGGUUGUCUACGUGUUCUGCCGGAGCCAUACUCUUCGCACUGCAGGGAACAUUGUGGUGAACCUGGCUGUAGCUGAUUUCUUCAUGUCCCUCACCCAGUCACCAGUGUUCAGGUUCUUCGCAAGCAUGCACAGACGCUACGCAUUUUGCGGCGCUCUCUUUGGGAUCUGUUCCAUGAUGACUUUGCCAUAGCUGCCGAUCACUGCCUUGACAUAACUUCGCGUUAGUCGACAAAAAGCAGGUGUGGUAUUGGCCGUUGUGUGACUCUACUCCCUGGGCUGGAGCCUUCCACCAUUUUUUGGCUGGAGUGCUUAUAUUCCAGAGGGUCUUCAGACUUCCUGUUCUUGGGAUUAUAUAACCUUCACUCUUUCAGUGCGUGUGUACACCAUCCUCCUCUUUUUUGUGUUCUUCAUCCCAUUAUGCAUUAUUGCUAGCUGCUACUUUGCAGUUUGCCAACCUAUCCGAGCUGUGGAGAAGGAAAUAUGAGAGUUGGAUUGUGGGGAAAUGCACAAGCUGUAUGAACGCAUGCGAAAUGAAUGGAAGAUGGCGAAAGUAGCCCUCCUGGUAAUUUAGCUUUUUGUAAUAUUGUGGUUGCCCUACUCUGUGGUGGCCCUCACUGCCACGGCUGGCUAUUCCCACCUCCUGACUCCCUACAUGAAUUCAGUACUUGCUGUGAUUGACAGGGCCUCAGCCAUCCAUAAUCCCAUCAUCUAUGCAAUUAUGCAUCCAAUGUAUCAGGUGGCUAUUGCCAAUUAUAAUCCAAUAUUCCAUCCCAUUUUACGUGUCAAAGAGAAGGAUCUCCGUUCCUCUUUUAGUUCCAGAAGUGUCCAUUCCCGUUGUCCGACUCUCACUAGCCAGUGCUCUCUGGGGGUUAGCAUCGGCAAUGCUGCGUGAGCUAAUGGCCACUGGGGGAAGACACUCUUGUCUUCUGCUUCAGAUAGUGAUUCUUGUUGGACUGAGAGUGAAGCUGAUGGUUCCAGCAUCAAUUCGCUGACCUUUGGUUGUUGUGUGUCCACGGAGAUCUCUACAGAUACUGCCAUUCUCUCACCAGGGUCAAGUACUAACAGCUCCAGUGGGCAGAAGCCAGAGAAGACACACAAAGUUGUAAGCGCACUGGUUCCGUCUAUUAAUUUUAAAACAGAUACAGCUGAUCGCGAAUCUCUGUCUGAUGGGAAAGCUUUGCUUCUUGGGGGGAAAGAAAGGGAAUGAUGCUUCAGAGUAAUUUUGGUACUAGUAACUUGAGUAGUAAUUGCUUUGACCUAUUCUUUUUUUAUUAUAAAUAUGUAUUCACGUGCCCUUCUUUACUUUACAAGCCUCUGUCAUGUUAGAUUUGUCAGCUUUGUUUUGUGGUUUUUAUUAGUUGAGUAAAUGUAUCUAAAUUAUGUUCGGCAUAAUUUUUAUUUAAAUAAAUCAGCAUAUACAAAUA